AUGGCCACCUUGAAGGAGAAGAGGACCUGUGGGCAACGAUGUGAAGACUUUGGCCGUUUUAUCUGGAACUCCGACAAUGGGACGCUCAUGGGGAGAACGCCAGAGAAAUGGGUGUACAUCAGUCUGUAUUAUGUGGCCUUCUACGUGGUGAUGACUUCCCUCUUUUCUUUGGCCAUCUAUGUGCUCAUGUACACCCUGUGUCCAUACGCCCCUGACUACCAAGACCGGCUAAAAUCUCCGGGGGUGAUGGUGUGGCCGGACACUUAUGGAGAGGAGGUUAUUGACAUCAGCUACAACACAUCAGACAAGAAAAGCUGGAUGAAGAUGUCCACCAUCCUUCAUGACUUCCUGAAGCCCUACAAUGACACCAAGCAGCUUGAAUGUAACAAACACAACUGCACUAAGGGAAAGUACUUCAUCCAGAAAACCUUCUCUGCCCCUGACCACACGAAGUGGGCAUGUCCCUUCACGCAAAGCAUGCUGGGAGCCUGCUCAGGACUUGAGGACCCGACCUUUGGCUACAACUGCAGCAUGCCUUGUGUCAUCAUUAAGAUGAACAGGGUCAUUGACUUUUUCCCUACUAAUCAAACUGACCUUCCCCCAUAUGUCAACUGCACCAUACUGGAGGGACACAACAAUGUGGCCAAAAUUGAGUAUUUCCCUGAAAGGGGAAUUAUGGAUCUCUCUUACUUCCCAUACUAUGGAAAUCUGGCGCAGCCUACUUAUGUCAACCCACUGGUGGGUGUUCGGUUCAGCCUGGUCGGAGAGAAGCAUGCCAAGAUCCAGUGCAGAGUGGUCGCCGACAAGAUCAGCUACGAAAACUACUACGACCCCUACGAAGGAAAAGUCACCUUCUACCUCAAAGCCGUGAAAUGA